UGUAUGCAGGAGUGUUACUGAUUCUUCUCCCCGAGUCUCUGAGCUCUGAAACUGUGCAUGUGGACGUCCUGCUUGUGGCUGCCCCUCGGCCAGGCAAAUAUGCCAAACCUGCCCUCAUCAGUUCUUCUUUAUCUACUCAGCUGCCUGCUCACAGGCUGUGCUCUGGAUAUCUCAGACUUGACCCUAAUAAACCCGGAUCCUGUCGUCUCCUCGGCUGACGCGUCUCUGCUGUGCGUGAGCGGUGACUGGACGUCCUCCGGUCCGACCUCCUCGCUCCGUCUGGGCCGGGAGUUCCCAGUGCCUCAACAAGAACUGCCCGGUACCACAGCGGAUAUAACCCACCGCUCUGCCACCAAAGUCUCCUGGAAGAAUCGUGUAGAUAUAUUCGGGGCUUUCUUUUGCCAGGCCAAGGAUGGUGGCAAGGUGUACACUUACAAAAUCCUGAAUGAAGCAUCGUUCCUUCCUGAAGCGCUCACGGUGACGGCCAGUGUUGGAGACGAUGUCACCAUCUCAUACACAAGGAGAAAAGUGGCGCAGGAGGACACGGUCAUCUACAAGGAGGCUUUGAAGGAUUUUACGAACAUCGACUCAUCUUUUGAGCACUCAGUGCCCAAGGAGGACAUCACAGAUUCAAUUCCAUACCUCAUUCACAAUGUGAAGGACUCGCACGCUGGAAUCUACACCAUCCGCUACAUCUCAGGAAACUUAAAGAGCUCCGCCAUCACCCGCCUUAUAGUCAGGAGUUGCAGGGCAGGGAUGUGGGGUUCUGAGUGCUUGAACACUUGUCCUGACUGUGCUAAUGGAGGAAUAUGUGAUGAUAAAACUGGAGAGUGCAUCUGCCCACCAGGCUUCAAGGGUCCAACUUGUGAAACAGUGUGUGGUGAGGGUCGUUUUGGAAGGAGCUGUAAGGAGCGCUGUACAGAUGGCCAGUGUCGCUCUUUGGUUUUCUGCCUCAGAGACCCGUACGGUUGCUCAUGUGCGUCUGGGUGGAGGGGCCUGAACUGCAGUGAGGCGUGUCCUUCUGGAUAUUACGGGGCUGGAUGUAAGCAGAUGUGUGUGUGUGGUAAUGGAGGGAGGUGUGAUCGUUUCAGAGGAUGUGUGUGUCCUGGUAGACACGGUGCUCGCUGUGAAAAAGAAGAUAAAGCACCAGAAAUCAUGAGCAGCCUGAAUGAUGUAGAGCUGAACUUAGGUGCACCGUUCACCGUGAACUGUUCUGCCCGCGGCCGACCAGCGCCUUUACAUGGUGAAAUCCUCCUGCUUAAACCCGACAGGACCAUCUCAUAUGCUGUGGACACAGAGACGAUGAAUGACCAGAGCACGUCCAUAUUUAAGGUGGACAAGAUCAGACGGGCUGACAGUGGACGCUGGCUCUGUCAAGUGAAGACCACCAGUGUUCAAGUAGAGAAGGACUUUAAAGUCACUGUAAAAGUUCCUCCAAAACCACAGAACCCUCCUUUGCUGAACAGCAGUGGGCCGUACCAUCUGGUGGUGCUGGUCAACAAGGAACCAUACAUUGGAGAUGGACCUGUGACAUCAGUAAAGGUGGCUUACAGACCAAUCAAUUUUUCCACAUGGGACACAGUGGAAGUGGUUGGUUCCCAUGCAAAGUUGGAGAAUCUCUCCCCCAUGACAGAGUACAUCACGUUUGUGCAGCUGAGUAGGCGUGGACACGGAGGGACUGGCAAACCAGGACCUGAAGCUAGCUUCCACACACAGAUGCUUGACCAGCCUUUCCCUACAGGGGUCAAACUGACCCCGCUGAGCCAGACCUCUCUGGCCCUGUCCUGGGAUCCUGCUGGCAUCGCUCUGCUCAAAGACGACUGGCACUAUGAGGUGGAAUGCCAACCAGUGGAGGAUGCAAGCACUACAUGGAGCUUUUACCUGCCACCAAACUCCACUGGUACCCAGCUGAAACAUCUCAAGGCUAGACACAAGUACAAGUGCAGGGUCAGCCUGAGCAGCCGGGCAGUGGGGCAAUACUGCCCUACCGUCAGCGCCUGGACUCACAGUGAUGAGCUUCCUCCUACUCCCUCUGAUGUAUCCAUCUCUAACAUCACCGAUUCCUCGGCCAUCAUCAGCUGGACCAUCACGGAGGGUCACUCCGUUUCCAAGGUGCUCAUUCGUUACCAGCAGAGUGAAGAGGCUGAGUACAACCAGCAGGUGGAACUGGGGGUGCAGGAAUUUCAAAGAACCAUGCAAUUCAUGUUGAGAGGCCUCAGGGCUGAUACUGAAUACCUGCUGGAGCUGUGGAGCAUCAACAACAUUGGAGAGAGUCUGGAGAAAGAGCAGGUUCAGCUGAGGACAAUAACACCACAAGAGAGCUCGCGUCUGUAUGGGUUUGGUGCUGAUGGAAAUAUGUUGUUCUAUGCCAUUCUGGGUUCUGCUGGUAUGACCUGCCUCACCAUCCUUCUGGCUUUCUGCAUCGUGCUGCAGCUUAAAAGAGGCUCAUUCCAAAGACGCAUGAGAGAGGAACCAGUGGUGCAGUUCAGCUCAGGUUCUUUAACCAGACAGAAGAAAUCAUCAUGCUCGACACAGGCUGUGUCAUACCCAAUGCUGGAGUGGAGCGACAUUAAGUUCCAGGAUGUGAUUGGAGAGGGAAACUUCGGCCAAGUUCUCAAAGCUCGCAUCAAGAAAGACGGAAUGAGGAUGGAUGCUGCCAUCAAGAGGAUGAAAGAAUACGCAUCUAAAGACGACCACAGAGAUUUUGCAGGUGAGCUGGAGGUGCUGUGUAAACUGGGUCAUCACCCCAACAUCAUCAACCUGCUGGGAGCCUGCGAGCAUAGAGGUUAUCUGUAUUUAGCCAUCGAAUACGCCCCUCACGGCAACCUGCUGGACUUCCUGAGGAAGAGUCGAGUGCUGGAGACAGACCCGGCCUUCGCCAUCGCUAACAGUACAGCCUCCACGCUCACCUCUCAGCAACUGCUGCAAUUCGCCGCUGACGUGGCUCGAGGCAUGGACUACCUGAGCCAGAAACAGUUUAUCCACAGAGAUUUAGCAGCCAGAAACAUCCUGGUGGGGGAGAGCUUUGUGGCAAAGAUUGCUGAUUUUGGUCUCUCACGAGGCCAAGAGGUUUACGUCAAGAAAACCAUGGGUCGAUUACCUGUGAGAUGGAUGGCCAUUGAGUCUCUCAACUACAGUGUUUAUACAACCCACAGUGACGUAUGGUCAUAUGGAGUGCUUCUCUGGGAGGUUGUGAGUUUAGGUGGGACGCCGUACUGUGGUAUGACCUGCGCUGAGCUUUAUGAGAAACUCCCUCAGGGUUAUCACCUAGAAAAACCACUCAACUGUGACGAUGAAGUCUAUGAGCUGAUGAAGCAGUGCUGGAGAGAGAAACCGUAUGAAAGACCGUCGUUUGCUCAGAUUCUGAUGUCUCUCACCCGCAUGCUGGAGGAGAGAAAGACGUAUGUAAACACCACACUAUAUGAGAAAUUCACCUACGCUGGGAUCGACUGCUCUGCAGAGGAGGCCGGGUGAUCCAGACAGCGCUGUGCUACACGUCUCUGCUGUUUCCUCUCUGUGCAGCGUUUAUGUAUCAUAAAAGUAUUAAAAGUUUAUGCAAUCCUGUCAUCAGGAUUCACAGACUAGAACUUUUUGCACACAUUGUGUAUUCCUGUUGUUGUGAGUAUUACCAGUUGUAUCCAUGUAUGCAGUAUGUCUACGUCUAUGUUUUUAUACGUUUGUGUAAAUGAAAGGUGGAAUGUGAUUCUGAUUGUGCCGUGUUGGUGUGUUUGUUGAAAAUCCUGAGCUGGACGUGCAGCCGCUGUCGUUGGGUUUGGUUGAGAGACUAAGCUCUGGCUGCUGUACAUCGCACACUGUGCAAACAUGGUGGAUAUUUUUUAAUGACUUUUAAAGGACCAAUAAACUUGUUUAUUGUGAA